AUGACCGCUACGGAAGAAGGAUCGACCCGACAAUGCAUACCAGAAGACAUCCUCGUAUUCAGUGAGGAGGACCUCGAGGAUAUGAUGGAAUCGCACAACGACGCGCUAGUGAUCUCGUUUCUCUUAAACAACACCAGGAUAAAGCGCAUUUUCGUGGAUCCAGGAAGCUCGGCCAACAUAAUCAAGUCAGAAGUAGUAGAACAGCUGGGGCUGCUCAAUCAAGUUGUUACCGUCCCUCGAAUCCUCCACGGCUUCAACAUUAUCGGCAAAGUAACGAAAGGAGAGAUCACCCUCCUGAUCAACAUAUCUGGCGCAAUCCAGAGCACCGAGUUCCAGGUCAUCGACGGCGACAUGAGAUAUAAUGCCUUAACCGGUAGGCCUUGA